AUGGAUUUAGCUGUUACAAAAUCAACCUUACACAUUUGUGAUAACGAUUAUAAAAUAAGCACCUUAUUUAUUCUCGUCUUGGUGUGGAUGAAUGUGUCGAACGCAAGCGGGUACUUCGCACUGGAGCCUCGAGACACGACGUACGUAGAAAUACGUAGAAAUUACAGACCUCAGUUGGCACGAAGACGCCGCGAGAGUCGCAUAAUUAAUAGACAUUUUGAAGUAGAGAGGCGUUGUAUCGAGCUCGACGCAGAUUGGUUUAUGAGUCGGUCUCAGCGCAGUAUCAACACAUCAGCGGUACGAAUUAUUAGGCUGAAAACCGUCACACGCGCGCCGCGUGUAUGCAGCAGCGCGGAGAGACGCGACCUAGAGCCUCUACCUCUCAAUCAU